ACCCUCCAAGCAUCCUCCUUCCCGUCUUUACCCUCCACUUACCCAUCCUCCCUCCCUCUUCCUGGUGUUCGUCGUUGCUCUUCCCCGAUUCUUCCAUUUGCUAGUCAUUUGUGACCCUUCUCUUUGAUAGUUAGCGGUUGCUCUCCGUGUAUGCCGAUAAUAUAGAUCUUCUCACUCCGCCAGUCAUAACAAGAUCCGUAGCAGUCGCGAACGCGCAACACCACGCCAAAAUGAAUUACGCCAACAUGAUUGAGGAGAAAAACCUCAAAAAAACAUUCAUAAUUGCAACACUGUGCUCAACUCUCAUUGGCACAUUUACCUCCUCAAUGGGCCUCUGGGAUCGCGUGAAUGAGAAAAGGAAACAGACCAAAAGAGAUAGCAAGCAGGAUGGUGAGAUCAAGAAGCUCAAGGAACAGAUCGAGCAGACCGAGAAGCGCAGCAAGGAACGUGAGGAGCAGAUGCGGCGGCGCGACGAGGUUGGGGAUAAUUUCGAGCGGUCCGGUGCCCUCAUCCAACGACAAUACGACGAAGGCUACGGUCACCUGGGCCGUAGGUUCGCUGUUGGGGAUCAGAUUACGGAGAAUAAGUUGCAAGCACAGGUCAUUGCAUUGCAGCAGACUGUCAUUCACGUUCUGCAAGAUGCUCUCUACAAUGACCGCCCCCUCACACGAGCGGACAUGGCCAAACUUGUUGCUGCCUCAAAUUCCGCACGGGAGGGUUCACUCGAUGCGCUUAGGCAACAACAACAAAGGCUUUCUAUCGAAGGACCUCCUCCACGCGCGUUGUCGGCGCCGAAGCGUGCCUCUACCAUCGUGGAGGCAGACCCGCUCUUCUGUAGAUACAGCUUGGACCUUCAGUACAUUCCACACAAGCCACUCGCUGCCGAUUUUGCGCCAGGUGGGAACUGCCGGUGCCCUGCAUGCGGACUGUGCGUAGACGCUACUGCCGAUGAUUUCUGGCAGAUUGGGAAGCGGUUCCCAGUGCUGAUAAGCGACGGUGGCUACGAGAAAGAGGUCUUGGAGACAAGGGAGUUUCACCUCGGACAACGCUUCGUUAUCAAGUGCCACACAGCGGACGGACAGUACGCUUGUAUCCUAUGCAACAAACAUCGCGACGUCGAUGCUAUUUGCCGCACAGUCGAUUCUCUCGUCAAACACGUUGGCAAAUUCCACGACAUGUCUGAACUUGAACGAGAAGUAGAUCUCCGUGAGUCCAGGGCACCACCCUUGGCCCUCCUCCCACCACCGCCACCAGCACCACAACCGCCGCCCGCGCGGAAAGAAAUUAAAGAAGUUGAAGUUCGACAAUACCGAUAACGAUGAUACGUAUAUAGUCAUAGCAUUUUCAGCAAGUCUACACUUAGCAUGGCGUUUUGUUCUAUAUCCAUGGAAUUUGAUUCUUUUGAUCUCAAAAGUCAUCCACGGAUAUUAUCAC